AGCUUAAUAGUUAAAAAGGUCUAAAAUGACUGUAUCGGACUGAUAUUGAUAUCGUUUUGGACACUAAAAAGUGACAUAAUGCUAUCCUUAGCAUUAAGUGGGGAUACGUGAGGUUAACCAUCUUUGUGUUGUUCUAGAAUGCAGAGCUGGUAUGUACGGCGAGCAGUGCAGUAUGUCCUGUCCAUCCUGCGGAGAGUCGUACCGCUGCCAUCAUGUGACAGGAGAGUGCGACUGUCUGCCGGGAUACACUGGACACAACUGUGAUCAAGUUUGUCCAGCUGGUUACUAUGGAAAACAGUGUUCUGAAGUGUGUAUUACCUGUGCCAACAACUCCACGUGUGACCACAGGGAUGGUCACUGUGAAUGUUUGCCCGGCUGGACGGCAACAGACUGCUCCAAAUCGUGUAGUCCAGGACGUUUUGGUCCAUUCUGCACACAGACCUGCUCCUGCCCGACCAGUCUCAUCUGUGACAGGUUUGCCGGAGACUGCGUCUGUGAAAGUGGAGGAGACGACUGCAAACAAGAAGCACCUGAGCAGGCAGGCAGCGUCAUGGUGCCUCUUCCUCCCGGUGAGAGGGAGUCAUGGGGAGCCAUUAGUGGCAUCGUCGUGCUCGUCAUCCUGGUGGUCUUGCUGCUCUCGCUGCUGCUGCUCUAUCGCCGCAGGCAGAAAGACAAGCAGAACAACGCACCCACCGUCUCUUUCUCCACCAGCCGUACUGUCAACUCUGAAUACGCUGUUCCAGAUGUUCCCUACAGUUACCACCACUACUACUCCAACCCCAGCUACCACACACUGAGCCAGAACAGGCCUCCACUGCCACACCUCCCCAACAACCACGACCGCACUAUCAAGAACACCAAUAACCAGCUGUUCUGUAGUGUGAAAAACAUGGAGCGGGAGAGGCGUGGCCUGUUUGGUGUAGAGAGCAACGCAACGCUGCCCGCAGACUGGAAACACCAGGAGCCCCGCAAAGACUCAGGGGCGUUUGGAAUCGAUCGGCGCUACAGCUACAGUGCCAGCCUUGGAAAAUAUUACAGCAAAGAGCUGAAGGACACGGUGGCUGUUAGCAGCAGCUCUCUGAACAGUGAGAAUCCCUACGCCACCAUCAAAGACCUGCCGGGCCUGCCCUUCUGUCCCCAAGAGAGUAGCUACAUGGAGAUGAAGUCAGCUGUUCCCAGAGAGAGAGCGUACACCGAGAUCAGCCCGCCUCCAUUCAACACGGCCACUUUACACAGAGGUGAGGAAAAAGAUCAGACCUCUUUGUUCUAGAAGAGCGGUGUCAAA